ACAGGAGGAAGAGAAGAAAUAAAAAACAAAAUAAUAAAACACAUACACAUACACACACAGACACACACACACAUACUGAAACACACACAUUCACACACACAUAUACUGAAACACACACACACACACACACACAGAAACAGAAUGGGGCCUGGCUGGAUCGGGAUGCAGCGUUUGCAGGGAUCUUGGAAUCAUGGAAGAUUCCCAGUAGACGAGGGAGCAAAGAGAUUUAGGGGUUUUAGUUCAUUUUCAUAAGACCAUGGGCGACAUGAAAACCCCGGACUUUGAUGAUCUACUUGCGGCAUUUGACAUUCCUGAUAUGGUCGACCCCAAGGCCGCGAUCGAAUCCGGCCAUGAUGACAACGAGGCGCAGCUCAAACAGAACGUCCACCACGAUGAGGACUCCCACAUUCCCUCAACACAAGAUGUCGGAGUGAGCGUUAUUGUCAAGAAUGUUCGAAACAUUGAUGCCAAUGAUCACUCACUUUCAGACAAAGAUAUCCAUUCCUCAGUUGGAAACGGAAUGCACAACGGGUUCAUGGCCAUGUCGCCCAACAACAGGUUCAGCAAAGAUGGUGACAAGCUUCAAAAAGGUGGAAAUCAUGAUACAGAAGUGGCUGGCUCCAGGUAUAACCAGUUUAGUCCCAUUUCCAGUGCUGACGAGUUUGAUGAUGAUGACAAGAUUGAAGUAGAUGACCCUUUGGACAGGCAAAACAAUUUACCUUGUUUCAGACCAAAUCCUCUUACAGGUCUUAGCUCUAAGCGAGAGGAGCUUCCUUCUAAACUUUCAGGUAAUGUUCCACCUAAGAUGGGAACUAAUGGCAAUUACAACCAUUCAAAAACUGAAAACACUAAUACCAAUGGUAGUUUAGGAAAAUCAAACACCUAUAAUCCUCCAAAACUAAGAAAAACAGAGGACCAACUCAAAGAGGUUCUCAAUGGCCAAGAUGGAAAAGAAGCAAGGGAACCAGUUCUUGGGUUGAGUAUGACCAACCUGUCUCAAGCCAAGGCUAAAUCAUCGGCCAAGCUCUCAUCCUGCAUUGCUGCUAUAGCCGCUCUUAGUGCAAAAAAGUCCAGCACGGACUUGACAGCUGCUGAACCAACUGUAAAUAGCCAGGACUCUCCAAAAGAGGCUAAGGAGAGUCCAAAAGUGACAGAAAAGUUCCUAGAGCAAGAGUCAGCCCUGGAGCUUGCCAAGAAAAUGCUUUCCAAGCAGCCCGAGAGUCCUUGUAGUGUUACCAGCGAGAACAGCAGCAAAGGGUCUCCAUCAUCCCCUGCGGGAUCCACCCCUGUCAUUCCUAAAGUGCGCAUUAAAACCAUCAAGACGUCUUCAGGCCAGAUCAAGAGGACUGUCACCAGGGUGCUGCCAGAGUUUGACCCUGAAGGUCUGAAGAAGGGUAUCGACUCGGGAUCCAUUGUAGUAUCUUCCUUCUUGUCUUCCCCCACAUCAAACUCUAUUUUGCCAUCUCCUACCCGAACAUCACUCCCUACCACAGUGGUGGCGACUUCUGGAGGUUCAACCAUUGAAGUCACGAAGCAAAUGACCAUCAAGCCUGUCGCUACUGCCUUUCUACCGGUGUCUGCAGUAAAAACCGCUGGUUCCCAGGUAAUCAACUUAAAAUUGGCCAACAAUACAACAGUAAAAGCCACGGUCAUACCUGCUGCGUCCGUUCAAAGUGCCAGCAGUGCCAUCCUUAAAGCUGCCAAUGCUAUUCAGCAAAAUACCGUUGUGGUACCUGCUUCCAGUCUCACCAACACCAAACUUGUGCCAAAGACUGUCCAUCUUACCAACUUGAACCUCCUUCCCCAAGCUGGAUCAGCCUCCGAGCUCCACCAGGUCCUGUCUAAACCCCAGCAACCCAUCAAACAAGCCAUGAUGGCCAGCCAACCUCCUAAGAAAGUGUCUCGUGUGCAAGUGCUGGCCAGUUCCCAGAGUUCAGUUGUCGAGGCCUUCAACAAGGUCUUGAGCAGCAUCAACCCUGUGCCGGUGUAUGUUCCCAACCUUUGCCCUCCUUCCUCUGCAUGUAUUUCGCUACCAUCCCGUGGCUAUAAAUGCCUCGAGUGCGGUGACUCCUUUGCCCUAGAGAAAAGUCUAACUCAACAUUAUGACAGAAGAAGUGUUCGUAUCGAAGUCACGUGCAACCACUGCUCCAAGAACUUGGUCUUUUACAACAAGUGCAGUCUCCUAUCCCAUGCCAGAGGACACAAAGACAAAGGGGUGGUCAUGCAGUGUUCCCACCUUAUCUUAAAGCCUAUCCCUGCUGAUCAGAUGAUCCUGACCCCGUCAGUGACCUCUAGUGCUCCCAUUUCAACUACAGAUCACGGCUCAUCUGCAGGAAAUCAGGGUAAAAGUGAAACAACAGUGAUCUCGGCACCUUCUUCGGCUCCUGUAGUGGCUGCCAUGCCCCUAGAUGAAGAUGCUUCCCGGGUGUGUCGAUCAAAUCUCAAAUGCUUGGAGUGUAAUGAGGUGUUUCGGGACGGGUCGUCUCUGGCUAUGCACUAUCAACAGGCUGCUGAGUCGAGUGGACAAAAAACCUGCACCAUCUGCCAAAUGCUGCUGCCAAACCAGUGCAGCUUCGCCUCUCAUCAGCGAAUCCAUCAGCACAAGUCUCCGUACAUCUGCCCAGAGUGCGGCGCCAUCUGUCGCUCCGUCCAUUUCCAAUCCCAUGUCACCAAGAACUGCCUGCACUACACUCGCCGAGUGGGCUACCGAUGUGUCCACUGUAGCGUGAUCUUUGCUGAUGUCGCUGCUCUCAAGUCACAUACCCAGGGCUCCCACUGUGAGAUCUUCUACAAAUGCCCUAUCUGCCCCAUGGCCUUCAAAUCUGCUCCGGGCACUCACUCCCACGCCUACACUCAGCACCCGGGUGUGAAGAUUGGAGAGCCGAAGUUGAUCUACAAAUGCUCCAUGUGUGAUACAGUCUUCACCCAGCAGAUUCUGCUCUACACACACUUUGACCAGCACCUUUCCAGCCAGAAAGUGUCUGUCUUCAAAUGUCCAGACUGCUCCAUGCACUACGCCCAAAAGCAGCUCAUGCUGGAUCACAUCAAGUCGACACACGGGACGCUUAAGACCAUCGAUGGUCCUCCGAACCUCGGCAUUAACCUACCGCUCAGCAGCAAGCCCAUCAACUCCCUGACCCCGAACUCCAACAGCAAAGACUCGGCUCCUCUAAACAACCUGGACAAAGGGGAGAAGAAGCCCUUGUCUCCUGUGAAGAAAAGCGGUAACGGGACUGACAUCCUCAAAAAAAAGCCUGUUUCGUCAUCUGUGUCGUCCUCGUGUCCUGGCUGGACGUGCAAGGAGUGCGACCGUCUCUUCACACAGAGAGAAGUCUUCAUCGCUCAUAUGAAGAGAGAGCAUGGGAAGCAACUGAAGAAGCAUCCAUGCCGUCAGUGUGACAAGUCGUUUAGCUCAUCGCACAGUCUCUGCAGACAUAAUCGGAUCAAACAUAAAGGCGUUCGGAAAGUUUACUCCUGUCCUUACUGUCCUGACUCCACACGCACUUUCAGCAAGAGGCUGCUGUUGGAGAAACACAUCCAGCUGAUGCACGGCAUUAAGGAAGCAGAGAGAAAGUCAGUGGUGGAGUCCAGCAGCACAGAGGAAUCCACUGUUAAAGACCAGGUACGCAGUCCCAAACGAAAGCUCAACUCUGACGGCGAGGACGCCGAAGAAGAGGAAGAGGAGGAAGAGGAGGAAGAGCGACGCGAGGGGAUUCCCAGCCGGGAGCGCACAGGCUCCUCGUGCCCUCAGCCCAUGAAGAAGCUCAAGGUGAGCGUGUUAAAGACUCACAGGUGCGCCGUGUGCAGCUUCUCCACCACCGAGCUGGCGCUUUUCCAGAAGCAUCUCCCGUCGCACAAGACGGACGGCUCGUCGCACCAGUGCUCCGAGUGCGGUCUGUGCUACACGUCUCGCCACUCGCUCGCGCGACACCUCUUCAUCGUGCACAAGAUGAAGGAGCCUCCGAGCGCCGAGCAGCAGGAGAACGCUCCGAACGUGCCGGACACACAGUGCAGGGUGUGCGGCAAGACGUUCGACGCCGAGCCGGCUUUAAACACGCACAUGCGCACGCACGGCAUGGCCUUCAUCAAAUCCAAGAGACUGAGCGCAGCUGAGAAGUGAGUUUUCUUUUAAGAGAAAUCUGUCUCAAACACUAAUAUAGAAUCAGGUUGAGACGGAAGCAACCUUCAUAUUCGUAGAGACGGAGACGUAGAGAUACGGAAGCAGUAAAACGUGGAAAAACAGGAAAAAUGCUGGGUUCUUCUGGAAACGUGAAAACGGGAGAUGUGCGGAAAAACACGGCCUUAAACACAUGAACGUACACGUGGGCAAAGACCUUGUUGUUUUUUCAUUGAAAUGUGAAAACGUGGGUAGAAGGUGGACCGUGGAGACGUUAUACGUCUCGUUCCUGCAUCUCACGUAUACGCCUCACGUAUAUACGACUUAUAUAUAUACAUACACAUAUAUAUGAGAAAUGUAUAAAUAUAAAUAAGCACACUUGUGUGUUCGAGGAUAUGUAAUAUAUUGAAAGUGGAAUUACUUUAUGUGUAUUUAAAUAUAUAUGAAAAAUGCAUUUUGUACACUUUAUGAUAGAUGUUUGUAUGGAUGUUCAAUAGAUCUUUUAUACGGCA